AUGGCUACUACAACAGCAAAUAAACAACCACAACUAAAACUUUCAUCAACACAAACCACCACUGUUAUACAUCAAACUCCGACCACUUCAAAAAGUCAAGCGACCAGUGCAUCUUCUAAAGCAUGGCUCCAUUUUGUGGCUGGAGGUAUUGGAGGAAUGGUUGGAGCAGUUGUUACUUCUCCUUUAGAUGUUAUGAGAACUCGUGCAAACGCUUUAUUCAAAGGACUAGGUCCAAAUCUAAUUGGUGUCGUACCGGCUAGAGCGAUUAACUUCUUUACAUAUGGAAAUGGCAAAAGACUUUUAAUAGAAUGGAAUGGUGGAGAUGAAACAACCCUUGUGCAUUUGACAGCUGCUAUCACCGCAGGACUUACAACUUCUACUGUAACCAAUCCCAUAUGGCUGGUUAAAACUCGAAUGCAACUUCAAACUACCUCACCCAAUUCAAAUUCCUCUGUAAAAUAUAAGAAUUCUCUUGAUUGUUUGCAAAAAGUUGUUCGAGAAGAAGGUAUAAAAGGUUUAUAUAGAGGGUUAUCGGCAUCUUAUCUCGGUGUAACCGAAAGUACUAUACAGUGGGUUUCAUAUGAAUUUUUUAAAUCGAAGCUUGCAGAACGAAGAGAACGAAGAGAGAUUAUAGGUGAUCAAAAACCUUACUGGGGAAUUGGAAUGAUAGAUAAUUUUUUUGCGGCGGGUACCUCUAAAUUUUUAGCAGCCUGCGUUAGUUAUCCUCAUGAAGUUCUUCGAACACGUUUACGACAGCUUCCUGAGGAAGGAGGAACUAAAUAUAAAGGUCUUAUUCAUUGUUUUAAGACUAUUUUGAAGGAAGAGGGUUUCUGGGCUUUUUAUGGUGGCAUUACUGCACAUAUGAUGCGUGUAGUACCUAAUGCCGCAAUAAUGUUUUUCUGUUAUGAAAUAUAA